AUGGCCACAAAAUGCUGGUUGAUUUGGAAGGAAAGACGCCUUAUCAUCUUUCAAUCCAAAUCUACCACAAGUGUUCAGCUAGCACUAGCAGUCCAAAGACAUUUGGCUUUUUGGUCUCCUUUGUCUGAAAUAAAAAAAAAAGAAACAAAUACAACUGGAAACACGGACCAACAAGUAAACAGCGCUUCUAACUCACUUAGGCAGGCAUCUCACAUAGACAAAGGAUGGACAAAACCACCUCUAAAUCAGUUUAAACUAAAUUUUGAUGCUUCGUGGAUUGAUGCUUUACGCUCCGCUGGUUAUGGUUUAAUCAUACGAUAUGAUACAGGAAGUGCUAGUCAAGCUAGAGCUGGGACUUUCCAACCAUCAACUGCAGAAGAAGCAGAGGCUCUGAGUUUGCUGGAAGCAGCAAAGUCGGCUAAUAGUAUGAAUCUAAAGGACUUCUGGGUGGAAGGUGAUUAUCAGCGGCUGAUACUCUAUGUUCUGGGAAAAACAAGCAACAUUUUUUUGGAGAAGCAAUGA